CAUGAGUUAGUUAGUUAGUCGUGUAUUUUUUGUAGCUCUUGCUGUAUUUUGGGUGCAAAUGAACAAACUUAGGAGCAUCUCGCAGGUCUUUGUCAUUUCUAGGGCUUUUUUUUUUUUAACUGAAUUGAUGAACGAUUUAUCUGCCGCUUCUUUACACUGAGUUGAUCAUUUGAGAUGAACUUGUAAUGUUGGAAUGUGUUAACAGUCAGGAGUGAUGAAUUCCCCGUAUUUUUGCGCCCUUCACCCCGCCCUGUGUUUGGACCUCCACCAGCAGAUGGCUCAGCGGUACCAGCUUCACACUCACACAGUCACUGUGGCCGAGAGACUCGCGGAGCUGAUCCUCGAGGCACGCGACGGGGGUCAGCAGAAGCAGCGGAGGUGCAGGACGGCUUUCAGCGUGUCACAGCUGCAGGCGCUGGAGAAAGCUUUCCAACAAACCCAGUAUCCUGACGUGGCCAUGAGGGAGAGGCUGGCGGUCUGCAUCAACCUCCCCGAAGCACGCAUUCAGGUGUGGUUCAAGAACAGGCGUGCAAAAUUCCGCAAAGGACAGCGAUUCACUCCUCUCCCGAAGCGUCGUGCUCCGGAAGACACCGAACAAGAGAAAGCUGAGCUCUCGGAGGAAAAGAAACGCACCAAGCAAGAAACACGACUUUCGGACAUCGGCGCUAGUCGUGUCAGCACUUCCACGGACGAGACGUCUCGUUUCCAGACUCCGUGUCGGCUGAGUUCUCCGUCUUCUCUCCAACCGUUUGCAUUCGGAGAACAGCACAAGAGUCCAAGCCUUCUCUCUACUGCUCCGCCUUUCUCCGCUUCCUUCUUCCCCUUCAUGCAGCCUCACAGCAGUACGGCAGACGCGAUGCUGAUGCAUAAAUGUAACAACCUUGGGCUACACAUUAAAUCCAUGGCGCGUCCAUGUCUGGACUUGUAG